UGUUCCCGGAGGGUUGCUGCGUCUCCUGGCCGCUCCCCGAGUGCUUCGGCAGCCCCGACUGGACGUGGAAAAUUCUAGCCCAGCCGGUGGCGUCGGAGCCUAAACAAGCCCAGCCAGCCCAUUUCUUCCCCGGGGUGCCCUGAGUGGCGGCGUGCAGCAGUCCAGCGAUAUGAGACAUGAGUGUUGGACGCAGAAGAUUAAAGUUGCUGGGAAUUCUAAUGAUGGUAAACUUCUUCAUAUAUGUGAUCGUGGAAGUCUCAAAGAGCAGUGGCCAAGGAAAGAAUUCAAAAACACGCAUCAUACUCUCAGACAACAAUUUUUGGCGGAAGUAUACUCCUCAUAAGGCAUAUUGGAAUAAGCAGCAACAGAAGUUGGAACAGUUAUACAAUCCUGUUUUCGCGUUGCUUUUCAAUAUGACGGUGGAAGAAAGGUUAUCUGCUAAUGGUAACUUUUCAAGCUCCUGCGAUCCUGACCCAUAUGUAGCUUCAGAACUUAAUGGAUUUGAAAAGUUGCCAGAUAGAUUUAAAGACUUUUUUCUUUUCUUGAAAUGUAGAAAUUAUUCAUUACUAAUGGACCAACCACACAAGUGCAAACAUAAACCUUUCCUGCUUCUGGCUAUUAAAUCGCUUGUACCACAUUUUGAUAGAAGACAAGCAAUCAGGGAGUCUUGGGGAAAAGAAACUAGAUCGGGAGACAUAACUAUUGUUAGGGUCUUUCUCUUGGGCCAGACUCCUUCAGAGGACCACUAUCCUGAUCUCUCAGAUAUGUUGAAAUUUGAGAGUGAUACCCACCAAGACAUUCUUCUAUGGAACUUCAGAGAUACGUUCUUCAAUUUGACUCUGAAAGAGGUACUGUUUCUGAAAUGGGUCAGUAAUACCUGCCCGGAUACCCAGUUUAUUUUUAAAGGAGAUGAUGAUGUUUUUGUGAAUACCCAUCAGAUCCUGGAUUACUUGAAGAGUUUAACCAAGGAAAAAGCCAAAGACUUGUUCAUAGGUGAUGUUAUUCAAGAUGCUGGACCACAUCGUGAUAAGAGAGUGAAGUACUUUAUCCCAGAAAAUAUUUAUGAUGGUUCUUACCCUCCAUAUGCAGGAGGUGGUGGGUUUCUCUAUUCUGGUGAUCUAGCACUAAGGUUAACCAACAUAUCUGACCGUGUCCUUCUCUAUCCGAUUGAUGAUGUGUACAUUGGAAUGUGCCUUCAGAAACUUGGGCUUGCUCCAGAAAAGCACAAAGGCUUCAAGACCUUUGAUAUUGAUGAAAAACACAGGAAUAAUAUUUGUUCCUACACAAACCUAAUCUUAGUCCACAGCAGGAAACCUCAAGAAAUGAUUAAGAUUUGGACAAACUUGCAAGAUCCACAUUUAAGUUGUUAAGUACAUGUGUCCAAAAGUUCUUUCUAACCUUUGGUUUAAAUUUCUUAGUUAAAUAGUUAGUAUAUUGUUUUCAUUUGAUGGCUUGUUUUGCAGACCAAAAUUAUCUAUCAACAGUUUGUUCAGUACUUCUAGUGAGGCUACAUUUGUAACAGUGCACAUUAAGAGGAUAUGGCAUGCAGAUAUAAUCCUUAUCUUUUAUCAUGUGUGUUCAAUACUUUCUCAUAAUAAAAUAUUGGAAAUUUAUAGCCAUCAGAAGUUGUGAUUAAACUAAUCAUUAAUUAAAUGACUAGUUAGCCCUGUGAUAUUGGAAGGACUUUCCUGUUUUCUAGUGCUAGCGAUUAUUGAAUGUGGUGGUAGGAUCCAUACACUCUUUGAUUUGUUUACCUGGGAUGUCAUAUCUUGGAGACUGUGUUAUAGGUCAAAUUCAGGAAAGUAACUUCAAUAUAAAUAAACAUAAUGAAUAACCUAAUUCCUGAAACAUUUUUGGGUAAUUUUUCUUUUCAUUCCCACCUCCUGGUUAUUCAUUAUUCAGUAUUCAGUUAAAUGUGAUGGAGACAUCUGUGCAGCUACAUGUGACAGUGCAUUUAAAAGUUCAAAUGUUAUGAUAUGUUUCUCUAUAGCUGAGAAACAAUAUAUCUUAAAGCUUGAGCUGUAAUUUGGGAGGUUAAGUAUUUCUUUGAAUCAAACGAAUGGACAAACAUUUUACACUUUUAAACUGACAUUAAAGCUACACAGCCUCCUUUUAUUUAGAUGCUAGGCUUAACGUUUGCUCAGUUGCUGCCUUUUAUAUUGAUUAAAAACAUCAGGCAACUUGACUGAUGCAAUUUAAUUGAUAUGUGAAAUUGCUAAUUGGUUCAGAACGUUCGGGCCUUUUUACAGGUUAGACUUGCCACCUCAUGAAAAUGUAGCAAUCACUGAUAUCCCAAGCUUUUCAGGUGAACACUAAAAUUGUAAAGGAUAUCUCAAAUACUAGAAUUCCCUACCUGCCAUAUCUUCUUCUGUCUUACAUCAGACAAUUACUCAAAACAGUUACCGCUGUCUUUAUAUGUGUAGAAGUGCCUGUAUUUAUUGUUCAGAUUGAAGACCAAAACAUUUUCUUAAACAUAUUUAAGAAACAUUUGUAUAGUGUUGACAGUCAUAUUUAAAUAGAGUGCACUAUUUUAAAUGUGUUGAAAUAUCAAAAUGUUAAAUAAAGUUAAUUGUUUUUGAAUUUGGAAACAAAAGUGAUUUGUGUACAUUCCAAUGUUUGUGUAACACUUCCAGAAAAAAAUAUUAAUAAUUCACUCUAGAAAUCACUAAUAUGAACAUUCUGUACCGAAGUAUAUUAGAACUUUCGUUUACUAGAGUAUUCGUGUAGCCUACUCUGUGAUUUGUUGCAUGAAUAUCAAAGUCCAUAAAACUGCACAAUACUCCUGUCCAUCAGCAAUUCCUAUCGUUGUACUGCUUGCAAGAACAGGCUGUGAUCAAAGUGGAGUGCUGGAUGAUAUUUUGCACUGGAAAAGCCCUUCUGUAUGUAUUGGGUACAGCGGUGCUGCCCAAGAACACUCUGAUUGUCUUAGUGUAAGGAAGGCUUAAUGAUACUAUAAAAUGCCAUUUCAGUGGCAAAGAGGCUGCUAAAAAGACCUGCAAGAGGAAAGACGCUUAACAUAAACUGUUGUAAAGGCAUAUAUAUAUAUAAUGCUUAUCGAGGUGAUAAUCUAAAGUAGCCUUUUCCCAACCUGCUGCCCUCUAGAAUUCCUGCCCACUAGCCAUGGUUGGGGCGCUGAUGGGAGUUGAAGUUCCAAACAUCUGAAGGGCACCUGGCUGGGGAAGGCUGAUAUAAACAAUCAGACCAAUGCCAUUCUUCCUGAUCCAUGAAAAUAUCUUGCCAUGGAAGCACAUCAGAGAAAGCUCUUCCUAAUAUAUUGAUGGAAAGAAAACGUUAGUUCUUAAAAUAUUUCAUUCUGGUAAUAAAAUUGCAUGCUUACAUUAACAAGGAAAACGUCAUAUUCCUGUACUUUGUCCUCUAAGGCUGUAAUCCUACACCCAGAGGGACCAGCCUCUUGAGUAAUCCUUUAUUGCAGGGCUGGACCACUUGUGGCCUUCCAAAUGUUUUAACCUACAAUUCCCAUCAGCCCUCACCAAUGGCUAGUCUGGCACAGGCUGAUGGGAGUUGUAGGCCAAAACAUCUGGAGGAUCACAAGUGGCCCACCAUUGAUAUAAAGGAUUGGACUGUUUAAGGUUGCUAUCUUGUGCACACUUACCUGAGAGUAAGGCUUAUUGAUCACAGUGGAACUGACAUCUGAGUAAACAUGCAAAUAAUUGUGCUGUAAGUGUGCCUACCUUAAUACUUGUUACUUGCUUUUGUUCUAUUUUCUGUAUCCAGUUUUACUGCUUUAGUCCACCACUUAUUGCACCUCCAAAGGUCAUGUUAUCUGAAGUCUCUAGAUUUUAUCAGGAGAUAAAAUGAGCUUUUUUUCAAUUCUAUUUUUGUAAAUGUAAUAAAAUGUCUUUGAAUUUGAAAACAGGUGUUUUCCUUGCCAGAAACAUUUCUGGAACAUUUUAAUAUUUUAACUUCCUGCAGCAGUUUUGCUCUAUCUCAUAUGUUCUGUGUAUGCAAUAGCCUCAACAUACAAGGUAGAUAUAUGAUAUAUGCCAGAUUAUCAGUGUGCUGAAUCCUAAAUUAGUUGCACUUCAGCCCCAUUGAAAUCAGUGGGACAAGUUAGUCAUGACCUGUCCCAUUAAUUUCAGUGGGAACUAAGUACAACUAAUUUAGUGUGGAUUGCACCCCAUUAUUAUUCAUUUCUAAAGUGCUUAAGGACAUAAUCAUAUGGGUUGGAAGCCUCUGUUCUCAGGAGCGGUCCUGCCAGCAAGAUGGGAGGAGCAUCAGAGGUGAUUUUCACCUCUCUCCUCUAACAGAGGCAUGCUGCUUGGGUGUGUGUACAGGAGUCUUUGCAAUCUGGCCUCUCCUCUGCCCUGCUCUCUUCGCCCACUGCAGCACCCCCUUUUCAUACCUCUUUGAGGUCCUCCAAGGCCACAUUUGCAGGUUCUCCGAGGUGACAAGUGCAGGCACUGUGGGGUAUUUCCACAGCGGCUGUUAGGGGGCAGGGGGAGGAAUCUGAUUCUGGAGUUCCUCUUCCAAGGUUGUAGCAAUAUCUACUGUCUUGGAAGAGGGACUCCAAAGAAUCUAUGGCCCUGUUGGAUGAAGAAAAGGAGAGAGAAUCCACCUGAAAAGCCUUCAAGAGUUUUUCCCUUGAUAAAGACUCAUGUUGAAACGCAACGAGAACACAAAGCGUGCAGCUGCCUCUUGUUUGAUUCUCAGUUUUCUUUUUACUAUGCAGCUUAAAUGGAAAACAAUAAAAGCAGACUAUUUAACGAGGCAUAAUUUAAAAGCUUUGUGUUCUUCAAUCUUUUGCAAGUGGCAAAUAUUUUUUAAGACUUAUCUUCGAUCCUAUGAUUUUCCAAAAUAAUAAAAUGAUUCAGUGAAAGAAACAGGAUCUCCUAAAAUAUUGAGUUUUUUUGUUACUUAUGUUAUGCUGUUUGAUAGAGAAAGGGCAGAAAGCAACAAUGUCUGAUCACACAACGGAUUUUCUUUCUACUUUCCUUCCUCACCCUGAUAAUCUGCUCCAGAGCAUCCCCCAGUCCCUGGAACCGAUUUUGAGGGUGCUCAGGGGAAAUCACACGCCUCCUGGUUGUUGUCCGGAAAUAGUCCGUUAGAUUUCACCCUUAAAAUCAAACAAUAGUGAGUGGUUAAGCACAGAGUUUCCACGAUUCUGGACGUGUGAGGUUUCAUAUAGGCUUUGUCAUGAAUGAUGCAUUUCUGUAACUUAUUUGGGCAUUCAAGAAAUCCAACAGCAGAAAUGGGGGCCAUGUGAUGCACAAGUGGUAGGUCAGGCUGAACACUUGCCUGUUUGCUGUGCUGGAUUUCUUGAAUGCCCAAAUAGUACUAUAAUGGCAGAGAAACAUGAAAGUGUGCAGACAAUUUAGUAGCUCAUUUUGCACAUGGAACUUUUAAAUGCAAGGUUCCCUCUGUUCUAUUAGAGGUAGCUGGCUGAUUCGCCAGCUACGGCCUUUCCUGGACAGGGAUAACCUAGCCACAGUAGUGCACACACUGGUAACUUUCUGAUUAGACUACUGCAAUGCACUCUACUUGGAGCUGCCCGUGAAACAACUCUGAAGAUGCAGCUAGUGCAAAAUAUAGCAGCUAAACUGCUGACCAGUACAUCUCACAGAGACCAUAUGACACGGGUCUUAAAGGAAUUGCACUGGCUGCUUAUACGCUUCUGGUCAGAAUUCAAGCUGUUGGUAAUGACAUUUAAAUCCCUAAAUAGUUUGGGAACUCGAUACUUGAGGGAGCGCCACUCCCUAUAUAUGCCUGCCCAAGACUUGAGACCUGUUGGAGGAGCCCUCCUCCACAUCACACCAACGCAAGACAUACACUGUGGUUGGACAUGGGAGAGGGCUUUCUCUAUUGUGGCAUCCUGAGUGUGGAAUGCCCUCCCCUUAGAGGCUCAACUGGUGCUGGCACUGGUUUCAUUUCAGCACCAAGUUAAGACAUGGCUUUUUAACAAAGCCUUUAAUGGCUAAAUCCACCAAGUCUGUACAUUGUUUUAAUUGGUUUUACUGGUUUUAAAUGCUAUGCUGGUUUUAGCUUAUUAAUGGUUUAAUUUGUUUUUAGCUGUGUAUAUUUAUUGCUAUAUAUUGUGUGUAUGAUUUUAUCUGUACGCCGCCCUGAGAUCCUUGUGAUAUAGGGUGGGAUACAAAUGUUUUAAUAAAAAAUAAAAUAAAUAGUA